CAAAACCACACCACAUCAAAAUGAAGAAAACCAUCUUCAUCAUCUCUAUCAUCAUCUUGCUCUCUCUCCCAACCCCCUCUCUUUCCCAACGCUGCAACAAAAAUGACGAAAAAGUCCUCUUUCAAAUCAAGAAAUCCCUAGGAAACCCUUACCAUCUUACCUCUUGGAAGAAGGAAGAAGAUUGCUGCACAUGGUACUGUGUCAAAUGCGACCAAAAAACCGGCCGUAUCAACGAACUCAACAUCUUCUCCGGCAACAUUUCCGGCCAAAUCCCACCUGAAGUCGGUAACCUCCCUUACCUUACAAUGCUUGACUUCCACAAACUCACCAACCUCACUGGACAAAUCCCAUCAUCCAUUUCUAAACUCACCCACCUCACAUAUCUCAUACUAAGCUGGAAUGACUUAUCCGGUCCGAUCCCUUCGUCUCUCAACCAACUCAAAAACUUAAAGUAUCUCGAGUUAUCAUACAAUAAACUCACCGGCUCUAUUCCACCAGAGCUUGCAACAUUGCCAAAACUAACUGAAAUAAACCUUAGUAGAAAUAAGUUAACUGGUGUCAUCCCUGAAUCAUUUGGGAAGUUCAAAAGUCUCGAGUCUAUUCAUCUUUCACAUAACCAGUUAACUGGGCCUGUGCCGAAAGCUUUAGGGUUCUUAAACUUGUCAACCGUAGAUUUUUCAAGAAACCAGUUAACAGGUGAUUUAAGCAUGUUGUUUGGAAAGAACAAGAUGAUACAAUUUGCUUAUUUGUCGAGGAAUGGGUUCCAGUUUGAUCUUUCGAAGGUGGUGUUUCCUGGGAGUUUGGAGUUGUUAGAUUUGAGUCAUAAUAAGAUUUAUGGGAGUCUGCCGGCUACGUUGACGGGGUUACGGUUGCAGCGAUUGGAUGUGAGUUAUAAUACGUUGUGUGGGAAGAUUCCUCAAGGUGGAGACUUGCAGAAGUUUGAAACUACGUCGUAUAUGCAUAACCGGUGUUUGUGUGGGUCUCCGUUGCCGGCUUGUGCCAAAAGAUCUUGAUUAUCCUUUUUAUGUUUUAGAUAAGUUUCAUUGUGUUUUCUAUGUGCUUCUUUGUUCCAUCUAAGUAUGUGCUUCUUUGUUCCAUCUAAGUUAUGUUUGACGAUUGGUCAUUAUUAGUAUGAAAUGAAAUGAUCAACUCCUCUUGUUUUUAUC